UGUACGAAGAUGUCCCGUUCUAGAAUGAUGCUGUGCAUCGCUGCACUUGCUGCCUGUUGGGUGCACGUGGUAAUUACUCUUGGAGAGCGAUCCCAAGCCAGUUACAAGGAGGAAAUUGUGUUUCCGGAAAGACUAAACUCCAGCUUGAGUCAGGAGCAGCGUGCCGGGCAUGGGGAUGGUUACGGGGAACCCUCCGAAAGCCACCUGAUCUUCCGGUUCCGUGCGUUUGGGGAAGAACUGGUGCUGGAUUUGGAGAGGGAUCCAAGCUUCCUCUCAGAGGACCUGACGGUGCAGUAUCUGGGCAGAAACGGACAGUCCGAUGCCAGCGGUCUCUCCGAAUCCGGCAGUUACUUCACGGGAGCUGUCAAUUCCGACCCCGAAUCCAUCGCAGCCGUGAACUACAACGGAGCCUCGCUUCUGGGCGUUUUGCACUACCGGGGAGCUGAAUACCACAUACAGCCGCUGGAAGGCGGAGGUCAAAACAGCGCCGAGGGCGUCGGGGCGCACAUCAUCCGCUGGAAGGUCCCAGAGAAGACCAAUGGACCUAUGUGCAACGUGGGCCCGCAGGUUUCCGUCACGGUCCCGGGGAACAUAGGCGAAAACGACAACAACGCGAAGAACAGAGCAACUUCAAGCAGAAGAACCAAGCGCUUUGCUUCCGUCCCUCGUUACGUGGAGACAUUGGUGGUGGCAGACGAGACCAUGGCGACAUUUCACGGGGCAGGCCUGAAACGCUACCUGCUGACUGUCAUGGCCGCCACGGCAAAGUUUUUCCGCCACCCAAGCCUGAAGAACCCGGUCAAUGUGGUGGUGACUCGUCUGGUGGUAAUAGGGAAGGCUGACAAACACAACAACUACUCGGGUCUGAAGAUGACCACCAACGCUGCCGAGAUGCUGAGGAACUUCUGCGAGUGGCAGAAAGGCUUGAACAAACCUAAUGACUCUGACUCGGAACACUUUGACACUGCCAUACUCUUCACCCGGCAGAACCUAUGCGGGCUGUCCACAUGCGACACGCUCGGGAUGGCCGACGUUGGCACAGUCUGCGAUCCAUCCCGGAGCUGCUCCAUAGUGGAAGAUGAUGGUUUACAGUCUGCGUUCACAGCUGCACAUGAACUUGGUCACGUGUUUAACAUGUUGCAUGACAACUCUAAGCCCUGUGUGGAACUGAACCGGCCCGCCAGCAACACCAGACACAUGAUGGCACCUGUGAUGUCAUAUGUAGACCCUGAAGAGCUAUGGUCUCCUUGCAGCGCCAAGUUUAUCACCGACUUCUUGGACAAUGGGCAUGGUCACUGUCUUCUUGACAAACCUCGAACUCCUCUGCGUUUACCCGUGCCCUUCCCGGGUAACGAUUACGACUCCGACCGCCAGUGCCAGCUGACUUUUGGCCCAGACUCUCGGCAUUGCCCCAAUCUCCACACUCCCUGCUCGUCUUUGUGGUGUACGGGUAGAAUCGACGGGCAUUUCAUGUGCCAGACCAAGCAUUUCCCCUGGGCUGAUGGAACUCAGUGCGGCGUUGGAAAGACUUGUAUGAACGGACGGUGCAUCAGCAAAGUUGAGAUGAAAGCCUUCAACACUCCAGUUAACGGAGGAUGGGGCUCCUGGGGUCCAUAUGGAGAAUGUUCUCGGACGUGCGGAGGGGGAGUGCAAUUCUCCCAUCGUGAGUGCAACAAGCCUGUCCCGAGGAAUGGGGGGAAGUAUUGCGAGGGGAAGAGGACCCAGUACCGUUCCUGUAACACACAGGAGUGUGUUGGCAGCACGGCUCUGACGUACCGGGAACAGCAGUGUGCCGUGUACAACCACAGAACGGAUCUCUUCAAGGGUUUCCCAUCUCCGAUGGACUGGGUGCCGAGGUACAGUGGCAUUGCAGAGAAGGACCAGUGUAAACUUACCUGCCAGUCUCGUCCUCUGGGGUAUUACUACGUACUGGAACCAAGGGUGGCAGACGGUACUCCGUGUUCUCCAGACACGACCUCGGUGUGUGUUCAAGGUCGCUGUGUCCACGCAGGGUGCGACCGGGUCAUCGGAUCAAAGAAGAAGUUUGAUAAGUGCAUGGUAUGCGGCGGCAAUGGAUCCACCUGCUCAAAGACCUAUGGAUCCUUCACUAAACCCAGAUAUGGCUACAACGACGUGAUCACCAUCCCAGCAGGAGCCACCAACAUUCUGAUCCGACAGAGCAGCGGCUCAUCUUCCACCAGCGACGGCGUCUAUCUGGCCAUUAAGAGGCAAGACGGGUCUUAUGCGCUCAACGGCAAUUACAUCUUGGUGCCCUCGGAGCUGGACGUCCAAGUAGGAGGAGGAGUGAGCGUGCGGUACAGCGGGGCUACCAAAUCCACGGAGACAAUCGUUGGACGCGGGCCUCUCAAACAAUCGUUGACCAUCCAAGCUUUGGUCGUCAGUGACCAGAGAGCUCCACGUCUCAAAUACACCUUUUUUGUUCCAAAACCCACCACCCGUUCCACCCAACCCAAAAAAACGGCUGAGGACUGGAUGAAGCGGAGAGCCCAGAUUUUGGAAAUUUUGAGGAGAACCAGCAAAAGCUACAAAUAAUUGUUUUGUGAUUAUAAACCCUUAAGCUUUAUAAAAAAUAUGAGAUCUGGGUAUAAGCACUUUGGGGGGGGGCAUUUCUCAAGCAGCC